AUGUAUCAAAAAUCAGGAAAAAUGGAGCAUAUGUACAAUAAUCAAGGAUAUUAAUAAAAAUAGUCAAACCGAUAAAAUGUAAAUAGCUAAUAAAAUAUAUAAAAUGCAUCUUAUGAUUCAGCAAUUAAAUAAACAAAUAGAGAAUUUUUUAUGUAAGGCGGUACAAAUUAAACUAUUAAGGAUCAUUAAAAGCAUAAGAUAUUUGAUAAUUAAAACUAAUUUUAACUAAUAAAGAAUCCUUAAUUCAUUUCAAGAUUUCCUUCUGAUAUUCCAAAUAGUCCUUAGUUUGAUCGUUCAAAUAUUAAGACAUGUGAUAUUGUUAAUAAAUAUGAAGUAAAAAAUUUGAACAACAAGCCUUAAAUGAUAUAAAAUAAUUAUAAUAACGCUAACUAUUACUAAAAUUAAGGUAAAAUAGUAAAAACAGAGCAAUAAUAUUCUAAUAUUAUAAAUUGUUCAAAUAGAUUUGAGUAAUCAAAUAAGCAUUCAAUAUUCUAAAAAAACGAAACUUAAUCAAUGGAUUAAAAAUAAAAUUAUAAUACUAUUUAAGAAUAGAAUAAUUAUCCUGAAUAAAUGUAGUAAUAUAAAAUAACAACUAAAUUAUAUGAUCAAUUAGUAUAACAAAAAGGAAAUUUUUAAGAAGUCUAAAUAAAAAACAGCUUUGAAGAUGAAUAUAAACCAAAUAAUGAUUCAAUUAAAUAUUAAAAUGUUGAAUAAUCAAUAAUAAAAUCAGAAAUUAAAGAAAUGAAUUUGAGCAAAAGAGAAAGCUAAACUAUUAAAAUUUUCGAGAGAAAUUUAGGUACAUCAAAAAUAGAAACUAUUAAGGAAUCUCCAAUAAAAUAAACAAUAUAGGUAGAAAUAAUAAAAUCUGAAUCAAUUAAUCCAAUAAUUUAAUUAAAUUAAAUUGAAUAGUAAGCAGUAGAUUAACUAGAAAUAAAGAAUUAAGAAAAUUUAAAAUGUGAUCAAUUGAAUGAACAAAUAGAAAUAAUGAAAUUUGAUGAUGAAGACACUAAUAUGGAAGAACCAGUUAAAGUAAGCAAUUUUGUGACUACAAAAAUAUAAUUAAAAGGAGAGAAAUGUAUAUUUAUGAUUAAUUAGAACUCUAAUAAUUUAAUUAAAUAAGUUAACCAAGUUAACGUUGUUCUGCUUUAUAAUUUGAAGUUUUGGAAAAGAUGAAUUAAGUUAGACAUAAUAGGUUAGAUGGCAUGAAAAUAGAAUUUUUUGGAGCAGUUGAAAGAUUGGAAAGGUCUGAUUGUAUCACUGAUUUAGUAGCAGAUAAAUAAAUUAUUUAAUUAAUCAUCACAUAGUUUCCAGUAAAUAAUAUAAUCUUAAAUUAGUAUUUGAGAAGAGUUAGAGGUGAUGGAAAUUGUUUAUUUUCAAGUUUACUCUUUCCUUACUUAGAGUUGAUUCAUGUAAAUAAUCUAUUUGAUAAUGUUUUGAAUUAAUUUGUGGCUCAUGAGAUUUAUUGGAAUAAGUAAAUAUUUUACAAAAUAAAGUUCUACGAUUAUCGACAGACCUAUGGUUUUUACUCUGAUCAAGAAAAUCUUUUAGGAGUUAAAAAAACUUAGUAAAAAGUGUAAUAACGAUAUGAUGAUGUUUUCAGAAGUCAUUCUUCAUUAUAUGAAUUAAGUGAACGGCUUUUAUGACAUCCUCAUUAUAUUUAUGCGUUCAACCAUCAUAUAAAGCUAUAAACUAUACUGCCAAUAAGGAGAAUAUCAAUAUUUUUUGGAUGAAAAGACUUCAGAAGAGUUUUUGGAAAGAAACAGUAGUUUUGAAGAAGAAGGAGAUUUUUUAUCCAUAUAGUUCUUUUCUGAAAUUACUCAAUUUAAGGUGAAGUUGAUUAAUUUCUCAGAUAAGCAUCCAAUCUAGUCUAUGUAAACACUUGAGCCUAAAUUAAAUAAACCAAGGAAUGAUUAAAACAAUUUUAUCACUUUAAAAUAUAAUGAGGGUCAUUAUGACAUUCUUUAUUCCAGAAUGUUAAAGUAAAUGUAAAUAAAAGAAGAAAAGAGACAGCUUCCAUAAAUUUCAUUUACUGCAUUAUAUUGA